AAAUUUCUCUUAGUCUUUGAAGUUGUGAAAGUGAGCAUGGAAGAUCGUCGUUUAUCACUGGCAUUGUCCUCCCACUCCCCAUCCUCAGACUACGGAUGGGACUACGACGUGUUCCUCAGAUUCCGAGGUCUAGACACCGGCAAGCACUUCGCCGGAAAUCUCUAUUACGCUCUCAAACAGAGGGGAAUCCGGACGUUCUUUGCUGACAGAGAGCUUGAGGAAGGAGAGGAGCUCACGCCAACGCUCCUCAAGAGAAUUCAAGAUUCGAAAACCGCCAUCGCAGUGUUAUCUCCAGGUUAUGCUGAUUCUGCAUUCUGCUUGCUUGAACUUGCAGCCAUCAUGGAUAACAGCAAGGCGAAGGGACGGUUGGUUUUUCCGGUGUUCUACGGUGUAAGUGCUUCUGAUGUUCGAGGUCAGACUGGAGAUUACGAAAAGGCAAUGGCUAAGCAUCAAAGUAGGAAUGACCACCACGUCGUGCAGAAAUGGAGAGAAGCUCUUCAGCAAGCAGCUAACUUGUCCGGCAGCAGUUUCAAAUUUCAGAACGAAUAUGAAUUUGAGUUCAUUGAAAAGAUCAUUGAAGUGGUCUCCAAAAAUGUCAAUCGCACUCUUCUCUGCGUUGCAAAGCAUCCAGUUGGAUUGGAGUCUCCGGUGCAAGAAGUAUGCAAGCUUUUGGAUGUAGGACCUGGAUGCAAUAAUAACCAAGUCUGCAUGGUAGGAAUUCAUGGAAUUGGGGGAAUAGGUAAAUCAACUCUCGCUAAAGCAGUUUUUAAUUAUAUAGCUGACCAAUUUGACAGUUCAUGCUUUCUUGAAAACGUGAGAGAAAAUUCAAGUAAGCAUGGAUUGGAACAUCUACAAGCGAAGCUUCUUUUUGACAUUGUUGGAGAAAAGAAUAUUAGUUUGAUAGGCCCCAGUGAAGGUGUUCCACUAAUAAAGCAUAGGCUACACCAAAAGAAGGUUCUUUUGAUUCUUGAUGACGUUGAUGAAGAAAAGCAGUUGAAAGAACUUGCUGGAGGGCUAGAUUGGUUUGGUUCUGGUAGCAGAGUCAUAGUUACAACGCAAGACCAACAAGUACUAAGACUUCAUGGGAUUGAAACAAAAUAUGAGUUAAAUGGGUUAAAAUUUGAAGAUGCUCGUAAAUUGUUUGAAUUGAAACUGAAGAAGAAAGCUGAUCCACAUUUCGAUGAUGUUAUAAAUCGUGCAGUGACUUAUUGUGCAAAGCAUCCAUUGGCUUUGGAAUUAAUAAGUUCUGAUUUGGGUAGUAUAAAUGCAGAUGAAUGGGAAUCUGCAUUAGGCCAUUAUGAAAGAAAUCUUGGCAAAGAAAUCUAUGAUAAACUUAAAAGAAGCUUUGAUCGUUUGGAGAAAGAAGUGCAAAGUGUGUUUCUUGACAUUGCUUGUUGCUUUAAAGGACUCAGUAGGACAGAGGUCAACAAUAUGCUUCGUGCACAUCAUGGUUUCUGCCCAAUAUAUGCUAUUCGACUUUUGGAGGAGAAAUCUCUCAUAAUGAUUGAAGACAAUGAGGUGAGAUUACAUGACAAGAUACAUGAAAUGGGUAGGAAAAUUGAACAAGAAGGAAAGCAUGGACACCGCUAUCUCUUGUCGUCCUAUGAAGCUAUAGUUCAAUUUUUUAAACACAAGGGCAUUCAUGAUAAAAUUGAAAUGAUAGUUCUAGACCUUUCCAGCUCAAAAGAACAAGUGGUGGAAUGGGAUGGAGAAGGCUUCAAAGAUAUGAAAAGUCUCAAAACUCUUAUAAAUCGAAAUGUCUAUUUUUCGCAAGAUCCCAAUCACCUUCCCAAUAGUUUGAGAGUAUUUGAAUGGCCAGGAUAUUCUUCACGUUCUUUACCAGCUAAUUUUUGUCCAAAGGAACUUGUCCUGUUCAAGUUACCCAGUAAUCGCUUAAUGUCACUCAAUUUUCUCAAGGAGUUUGUGAACAUGAGAGUUUUGAAUUUUGAUGAUGCUGAAUGUGUAAAAGCUAUACCUAGUCUAUCUUCUACCCCAAAUCUGGAAGAACUAUCAUUCUCAAACUGUGAGAGUUUGACUGAAAUUGAUGAAUCGGUUGGAAAUCUGAGGAAGCUUAAGAUAUUAAAUGCCUUUGGUUGCAGCAAGCUUAGGAGCUUCCCACCCCUUAAGUUACCAUCUAUUGAAGAACUCAACUUCACCAGCUGCUCAAAUCUUGAGAAUUUUCCAAAAAUCUUAGAAAAGAUGGAGAAUUUAACAAAGCUUGAGUUAGAUUGCACUGCCAUAAAAGCUAUACCUGAUCUAUUUUCUGCAGAGAAUUUAGUAGAAUUAUCAUUUUCAUACUGUGUGAAUUUGAUUGAAAUUGACGAGUCAGUUGGGUUUUUGAUUAAACUUAGAUUACUUAAUGCCUUUGGUUGUUGUAAGCUCAGAAGCUUUCCAUCCCUUUUGUUGCCAUCUCUUGAAGAACUUGAUCUCUCAUGGUGUUCAAGCCUUGAGAAUUUUCCAGAGAUAUUAGACAAGAUGGAAAAGAUAACACGGCUAAGAUUGCAGUAUACUCCCAUAAAAGAAUUGCCAAAUUCCAUCCAAAAUCUUACUCGGCUUCGAGACUUGGAAAUGUUUGAAUGUGGAAUGCUUCAGUUACCGAGCAACAUUACCUUAUUGCCGGAACUGAGACACAUCUUGUUUUGUCGAACACCUAACCAAGAUGAAGGUGAAGAAAAAUUGAGUUGGAUUGAGUCUUCAAACAGCACACUUCAUGCAUCUCAGUGUACUAUAUCAGAUGAAAUAUUUCCAAACUUAUUUGGUUGGUUUUCUAUGUAUAUGGAAGAAUUAGACUUGUUCCGUGUUAAUUUCACAUUCCUUCCUGAUUGCAUCAUGGAGUGUCCUCUUUUGAAGGAAUUGAAUUUGGAUCAGUGUCAUAAUCUUCAGAGGAUUAGAUGGCUUCCACCCAACUUGGAAACACUUUCCGUGACAUGUUGUAGAUCUUUAGAAGAUUUAGACCUCACAAUUCUUCCUGGAAGUACCAAAGAAUACUACAAUUUCAGGAGACUCAUUGUAGAUAAUUGUGAAAAUCUUCAGAUAAUCAAAGGAAUUCCACCAGAAGGUUUAUCCGCAACAAAUUGCUUGAGCCUGCCUUCCUCAUAUAUAAGCAUGCUAUUGAAUGAGGUUUGUGUCUCUUCAGUAAUUGAUACCUCUUCAUUAACUCACAUGUAGCUAUCUUUACCUGAAAUUGACUGUUGAAAAUGGUUAGAUUACAAUUUAAUCAAACUUGUUAAAUCAUUUAACGAUUUUCAGCUAUCAACUCCUUCACGUAAAAACAACUACAUGUGAGUCUC